UCACCGUGGACAGGUGUGCUGUCUCUGCACAGGUGGACUGCGCAUGCGCACUCCUGCCGGCUCGGCAAGUUGGCAAUAAAAUGGCGGCGGCCGCAGCGGAGCAGAGAACCGCGAGGAGACUGAAUGAGGAAGUUGGUGUUUUCAUCAUGGACAGAAAGCUGUGGAGAAGGUGUGCAGAAGUGUCCUAAAGGCGCGCGACAUCGAACAAGGGAUGGACACUGAAGACACGAGGAGGAACCCGGAUGGAAAAGGUCUUCAUGCUGGUGAGAAUGGUUCUGUCUCUGGGCCAGGUGUUCCUGAUCUCCUGCAUGGUGUAUGUGUGACCUCCACACCACUGUACUGUGGAUCUCCUCGCAGCACCCCCUGUGGUGAGGAGGAGCAGGACAGCGUGGAGUCUCAGGACUCAGGAAUCCCAACACUGGAGCUCAGCUCACCCGAGGUGACUGACGAGUCACAUGGCGCUGAAGCAUCAGGUCCGAGGCGAGACACUCCCGCUACGCUGAAGCUAGAGACCAUAGGCGAAGGCGGAGCUUCCAGCCAGGCUCUGGUCAGGGGCGGGGCUUUGACCUACCGAGACUCCACCUCCGUCUGCAGCACCUCUAGCCUGAGCACGGACUUCUCAGCGACACUGUCGCUCGGCAACGAGGACACACCCGGAGAUUUUGUGGUGACGUCGGACUCGAGUGCCGUGGUCGAUUUCCACGACUUUAGCGACUUCUCUGGGUUUUCUCAAGCCCCACCCACAAACAGCAAACACGGGGAUCUCGCGUGGCACGGCGAGGGAGCGCCGAGGAAGGAGAGUCCGAUUGUCAGCUUCUUUAACAGAAGAUUGUUCUCGAAGAAGCCGAAGGACAUGAACACAAGUCCAAGUGCUCGCUCUGAACCGAGCUUCAAGCUGUUCAGCAGAGAUUCUCCCAAACACACCCAACAAUUUCUAAAGGAAAAUGAAAAGGCUGGUGGUUCUGCAUCUCCCAGACAGAGUGUGAGGAAACAUUUGGAGUUUGAGCCUCUCUCCACCACCGCGCUCAUACUGGAGCACCGACCAGCGAAUCUCCCAGCGAAGCCUGCAGAGGAAGCUCAGAAACACAGAGAGCAAUAUGAAGAGAUGGUGGCUCAGGCCAAGAAGCGAGAGCUGAAGGAGGCUCAGAAGAGGAGGAGGCAGUUGGAGGAGAGAGUACGAUUAGAGGAGAGUAUCGGCAACGCAGCACUCACCUGGAGUCAGGAGAUCCUGCCUAACUGGAACAGCGUGUGUAGCUCUAAGCGAGUGAGGGAUUUGUGGUGGCAGGGAAUUCCUCCCAGUGUAAGAGGACGAGUGUGGGCCCUCGCUAUUGGCAACGAGCUCAACAUUACACAUGAGCUGUACGACAUCUGCUUGGCGAGGGCGAAGGAGAAAUGGAGCGCUUCACCUCAGUCAGUAACUGCAGCAGAAGGUGAGACAGGAGAUGUGUCUCACGCUGAUCGUGAGGCGAGUUUGGAGCUGAUAAAGCUGGACAUCUCCAGAACUUUCCCCAGUCUCUGCAUAUUCCAGAAGGGAGGCCCUUAUCAUGACGUGCUGCACAGCAUUCUGGGAGCUUAUACCUGUUACAGGCCUGACAUGGGAUACGUACAGGGAAUGUCGUUCAUUGCUGCAGUGUUAAUCUUGAACAUGAACACCGCUGAUGCCUUCAUCGCUUUUGCCAACCUGCUGAACAAACCAUGUCAGAUGGCCUUCUACAGAGUGGACCACAGCCUCAUGCUGACGUACUUUGCUGCAUUUGAAGUGUUUUUUGAAGACAACCUACCGAAGCUGUUUGCACAUUUCAAGAGUAACAACCUGACGCCUGAUAUUUAUCUCAUCGACUGGAUCUUCACCCUGUACAGUAAGUCUGUGCCGCUGGACGUUGCGUGUCGCGUGUGGGACGUGUUUUGUCGAGAUGGUGAGGAGUUCCUGUUUCGCACGGCUCUGGGGAUCCUGCGUUUCUACAGUGACGUCCUCGCCAACAUGGACUUCAUCCACAUGGCUCAGUUCCUCAGCCGGCUCCCGGAGCAGAUCUCCACACACACGCAGUCUCACACACUCUUCUCCUGCAUCAGCAGCAUCAACAUGAGCUGCAGGAACAGGACGUGGACACAGGUUCUCCAGGCACUGCAGAAGGAGACGGAACAUUCCAGUCCUGUGCUGAAGCCUUGACCAGUCACACACACACACAAAGACUAGAGACUCCAGUGUGUGUGUGUGUGUGUGUGUGUGUGUGUGUGUGUGUGUGUGUGUGUGUGUGUGUGUGUGUGUGUGUGUGUGUGUGUGUGUGUUUUAACCCUAAGACUCAGGACCUUUUCAAAAUUCUGAAGGAGAGAUGAUCAAAAGAGAGAUCAGACUGUUGUGUAUACGCACACACACACACACUUCACACACACACAUAUUGCUGUGACUCGGACACAGUCAAACAUCCUGAUCAUCUGCCUGAGACAUCAAAAAAGACUGAAUGAUGGAGAGGGGGGAGAGAGAGAAGGAGAUGUAGUGAGAGAGCAAGAAAAAGAGGGUGAGAGAAAGAGAGAGACUGAAAUCGAUCAAAGUCAAAGACUGAACGAGGGAGGUAGUAAGAAAGAGAGAGGAAAUGAAAGUGAUCACAAGAGAGAGAGAGAGACAGCCACAGAGAGUGAGAUUGAACAAAUGAUAGAGCGAUCGACAGCAAGGGAGUGAGAGAGAGAAAGAAAUCGAGCUUGAAAGAGAGAAGGUUUAAGUGAGAGUGUAAGAGACUGAACGAGUGAGAGGAAGUGAACGAGGGAUGGAGAGAUUAACCGAUGGAAAGAUGGAAAGAGAGAUUGAAUAAGUGAGAGAGUGACUGAAGGUGAGAUCGAGAAAGAGAUGGAGAGAUUGAAAGAAAGGAGAGCAACAGUGAAUAAGGGAGUGCUGGAGAAAGAGUAAGAGAUGAGAAGGAGAGAGUGAAUGCAGGUGAGAUGAGAUUGCAAGAGUGAGCAAUAGAGUGAGUAAAUGAUUGAGCGUUGAAUGAAUGGGUGAAUCUCUCCAUCUCUCCCUCAUUCACUCUCUGAACGGAUGAGAGAGAGAGAGAGAGAGAGAGAUUGAUGGAGAGAUGGCUAGAAAGAGAGAGUAAUGAGAGAGACAGAUAUGGAUCUGGAGGGAAAGAGAGAUCAGGAAAGGGAACAAGGGAUUGAGACAGAAAGAGGCCGAGCGAUUUGAUUGGCUGCUCUGGAGAAGAGAAGUGGCCAAUCAGAGGGCUGACUAUCAGCACUUUAUAUCUCUACUUUAAACGUGUGCUUUUCUUCGGGGCGUGGUUUCCCUCAGGGCGUGGUUUCCUCGGGGGAGUGGUUUCCUCCUGCGUCUACACCGUCGGUUCUUCUGGAUGUGUGCUGGACCUCAGAGAAGAACCUCACACACACUCGCACUGUAUUUAUGGUUCCUCCAGUCUGCUGGUGUGAACACAAACGUGUCGAAUCUGCAGUCAGGCAUUGCAUCUCUUUAUCUUUUCAUGUGUGUUGUGUUGUUACAUUGCUGGCUCAAAAGUAUGUGCACCCCCCCAACCAUCACACCUAUGCACUUUAGGUCAAAAGUUUGUGGACGCCUGAACAUAUGACCAGUAUGGAUAUUUUGAAUGUCAAAUUGAUUGGCUUUUAGUAAGCGCCACCCUUCUGAUGUUCCACUGGAACGUGUGGAGAUUUAUUCAGCCACAAGAGUGUUAGUAAAGUCAGGUACUGAUGAAGGUGAGGUGAGUAGGCAUUUACAUUCAUCUCAACAGGGUUUACACAGGAUCGAUAGCAGGAGAUCUUCCACUCCAACCCAUGGAAAGCAGAUGUUCAUGUUUAUUCUUCGUGUAAAAUUUCAUUUCACUAACUUUAUGAUAACCAAAAACUGGAGAUGGCUGGUGUCUGAAUAUUUUUUGUGACAAACCUUUAUACAAGAUUGGAAGAAGUUACAAACUGAAACGCUGUAAAGACACUGGUUGUUGGUGUGAAGCUUGAAAUAAAAGGUCUUCUGCAUCUCAACCUCCUGAACCCCACUGAGAAACUUCUGAGAAACUGCGACUUGAGACUCCUUACUGAUCCCUACACACAAUCCAGACUAAAUCUGAGACGAGACGUUCUGCAAGCACAUGUGGGUGUAUGGUGGUUGGGGUGCACAAACUUUUGCCUCAUCAUGCUUUUCUUGGUUUUUUGUGCUUCUGCGGUUUCUGUUCAAUGUUUGUGUUUGACACAAAAUAAUGUGCUGCUAAAAAAAGAAAAAAAGAAUUGAUGUUUUGA